AUUUUUCACGAAGGUGGUUCCCACCACACCUAUACCGCUAAUUUUUACAGGUUCCCAUUCAGUGGGCGGUGAAAAUCAAAACUUCACAUAAUCACCAGUCACUUUCUCCCAUUCCGUCUGUUGGAAAGAUGAAGCUUUGAUAGUUUCCCAAUGCGCUGCUCUACGGAACCCAUCUGAGAUCUGAGCUCAUGCGCGGAAAAUAAACAAGUGAUUCUACAUAUAAGAAGAAAACUUCUGAAAGUUCUGUCAUCUUUACGGAUUUGUUUAGGCCCCUGUUGGCCCCCUGACACCUUUCGGGUCCCCUGAGGUGGAAUUUCUAUUGGAGAACUGCACACAGGAUACAAGGCAAUGAGUGAAGUAAAUAAUGGUUUCUCUGCUUCCACUCUACUAAGGCGCUAUCGUUUGGCCAUGACAGAGUCGGACAUGUCCAACUCUAUCUCCAUGCCAUCCGGGAGUGCUACCCAGGACUCAUCAGAGGUUAAGGACACUUCAGCAGAUGGGGAUCCCAACUUCCCUAUGUCUUCUCUGGCAGAACUACUGGAGAAUGAUGAUGGACCACAACCAACCCAAGAUUUACCCCAGGAUCCAGCUCGACCUGGGCAACAGGGUGACAGCAAGCAGAACCUGCGGAUAAGAUUCCCAGGGGCCUUUAAAAAGGGUGUUCCUAACCCCAUGGACCUUCUGGAGUCCACCAUAUCAGAUUAUCCAGUGGCACCUGGCCCAAAGAAGGCUCCAAUGGACUCCCUCUUUGACUAUGGCACGUGUAGAGAGGUCAACAACCAGAAAAAAUGGAGGAAGAAGCUUCCACGGGGAAAAGCGGAGAUUGAGAUGUCAUGUGAUGAGGGAUCCCCAGACCCCCCAGUUCUUAAAGUCUUCAAUCGUUGGCUGUUGUUUGAAGCUGUUUCUCGAGCAGAUCGGAGAGCUCUGGAUGGUCUCUUGCAGUACCUACAGUCACAUGAAAAGAGGCUAACAGAUGAGGAGUUCAAAGAGCUUUCUACAGGGAAAACAUGCCUGCCAAAAGCACUGCUGAAUCUGCACAAUGGUCAGAAUGACACCAUCCCUAUGUUGGUGGACAUCGCAGAACAGACAGGAAACCUCAGAGAAUUCAUCAACACGCCCUUCAGAGAUGUCUAUUACAGGGGUCAGACAGCACUACAUAUUGCCAUAGAGCGCCGUUGCAAACAGUAUGUGGAGCUGCUGGUGGAGAAAGGGGCAGAUGUGCAUGCACAGGCCAGGGGCAGAUUCUUCCAACCCAGAGAGGAGGGAGGAUAUUUCUACUUUGGUGAGCUGCCCCUCUCACUCGCAGCUUGUACCAACCAACCAGACAUGGUACAUUACCUGACUGAGAAUGGCUACAAGACGGCAGAUUUGCGAAGACAGGACUCCCGGGGAAACACAGUGCUGCAUGCCCUGGUUCAUAUUGCAGACAACACUCGGGACAACACACGUUUUGUCACUAAAAUGUAUGACUUACUGCUUACUAAAUGUGCCAAACUCUACCCAGACUGCAACCUGGAGAAUGUGCUCAAUAAUGAUGGCAUGUCCCCUCUUAUGAUGGCCGCCAAGCUUGGGAAAAUCGGGGUGUUCCAGCACAUCAUCCGGAGAGAGAUCAAAGAUGAGGAAGCUCGUCAUCUCUCCCGGAAGUUUAAGGACUGGGCCUAUGGACCCGUGUACUCCAACCUCUAUGAUCUGUCCUCCCUGGAUACCUGCGGAGAAGAAGUCUCUGUUCUGGAGAUUCUUGUCUAUAACAGCCGGAUUGAGAAUCGCCAUGAGAUGCUGGCAGUGGAACCCAUUAAUGAGCUGCUGAGGGCCAAGUGGCAGAAGUUUGCUGCUGUGACCUUCUACAUCAGUGUGUUUUCCUACCUUUUUACCAUGGUCGUCUUCACUCUUGUGGCUUACUAUCGCCCAUCGGUGGGAAAACCCCCUUACUCCUACAAUACAACAGAAGACAAGCUGCGUUUGGCAGGAGAGAUAAUAACCGUGGCCUCUGGAGUCUUUUUCUUUGUAACAAACAUUAAGGACCUUUUCCUGAAGAAGUGCCCGGGGGUAAAUUCCUUAUUUAUUGAUGGAUCCUUUCAACUCCUCUACUUCAUCUACUCUGUGUUGGUGCUGGUGGCUGCAGCGCUGUACUUGUCAGGAAUUGAGGCCUACGUGUCUGUGAUGGUGUUUGCUCUAGCACUAGGUUGGAUGAACACCCUCUAUUUCACCAGAGGCCUUAAACUCACUGGAACCUACAGCAUCAUGAUUCAGAAGAUUCUAAUCAAAGAUUUGUUCCGGUUCUUGCUGGUGUAUGUGCUCUUCAUGAUUGGCUAUGCAUCAGCACUAGUUUCACUGCUGACCAUCUGUCCUGAUGAGGAGACAUGCAAGGAUGCGUGCCCCAAAUAUCCAGAAUGCCGAGAUACGAACACCUUCAGUGAAUUCCUGUUGGACCUGUUUAAGCUGACCAUAGGCAUAGGAGAGCUGGACGACAUGCUCAAAGGCGCACAGUACCCCGCCGUCUUCCUCAUUCUCCUAGUCACCUAUAUUAUUCUUACCUUCGUCCUGUUACUCAACAUGUUAAUCGCUUUGAUGGGGGAGACAGUGGGACAAGUGUCAAAAGAGAGCAAGGAGAUCUGGAAACUACAGUGGGCAACAACUAUCCUUGACAUUGAGCGUUUCUUCCCUGUGUGUCUGCGGAGGUCCUUCCGUGUUGGAGAGAUUGUGACUGUGGGCAAGAACUUGGAUGGAACGCCAGACAAACGUUGGUGCUUCAGAGUUGACGAGGUGAAGUGGUCCCACUGGAAUCAAAAUCUGGGGAUCAUAAAUGAGGAUCCUGGCCAGAAAGACCAUUACGAACACACGCAGGGAGUGCGAGGUCUUCGAAGAGAUCGCUGGUCCACGGUUGUCCCAAGAGUGGUUGAACUGAAUAGGGGCUCCAGAGACCAUGUUCUAGAGAUGGAGCCUCUCACGGUUAGACACAGACACAAGUCUGAAAGCUAAAGCAGGACUAUAGAGGGCCACAAACCCUUGAAACAAUUUUUAUAGAGGAAUUAUGUAUUUUAUUUAAGAUGUCAGAAUUUCUAGAGUUUUUAAAUAAAUAUCUAUAUCAUGAGUUUUAAAAGUUUCCUAUUAUUUUUGAUGAUAGUGAUGAUCAGUUUUACAUGUAUAUUUGGGCCCAUGAGACACUCAGGGACACUUUUGUUUUGUAAAUCUGAAAUGUGACAGGGAUGUGUUAAAAUAAUCCAGUAUUGUAUUUUCAUGGAGUGCAAUAAAUAUUUUUAAACAGAGCUUUUUUUUAAUUAGAAUUGUGCAGGAAAACACGGAACACUCCACAGUUAUCUGGCCUGGGUGUCAGACUUUUAGCGUUUGUCUGCUCUGUUGCUUUCUACUGACAAAUCAAACGAAGAGCUAAAAGGUUCGGUUUUAAUCAGUAAUCAUGCCAAAUUACCUAAGUUUAAUGUGCCGUGUGAUAGUCAUCAGUGUGAUCUUUAUAAUUUGGUUAAAAUAUUAUUUUAGGUUAUAUGGCCCACCCAUAAUGGCGAAGACAAAAGUGGUGUUUUUUUAUUUGACCUUGAUUUGGCUUUGUUUUGUAAUAAAGGUCAUAUGGAAAGCAGAUGCGGCACCCACACCAGGAAUGCGCACAAUGCCAGACUUCAGUAAUAUGCUAUUUUCACCUCAGUAUGCUGGCAGUAGUGUGACACUGGAUUUAAUUAGUGUGAUGCUUGUAAUGAAAGUGAACCAUUUUCCACUGUAAUUUAGAGUAGCCCAUACAAAGGGACAAAACACCAAAUUUUGUAGGAAAACUACCUUAACCUUCAUUUUCUGUUCUGUAUGUAUACAGUUUAAGUCUGAAGUUUACAUACAUUUAGGUUGAAGUCAUUAAAACUAAUUUUUUAACCACUCCACAGAUUUAAUAUUAGCAAACUGUAGUUUUGACAAGUAAUUUAGGACAUCUACUUUGUGUAUGACAUGAGUAAUUUUUCCAACAAUUGUUUACAGACAGAUUGUUUCACUUUUAAUUGACUAUAUCACAAUUCCAGUGGGUCAGAAGUUUACAUAUACCAAGUUAACUGUGCCUUUAAGCAGCUUGGAAAAUUCCAGAAAAUGAUGUCAAGUGGGCCUUUAGACAAUUAGCCAAUUAGCUUCUGAUAGGAGGUGUACUGAAUUGGAGGUGUACCUGUGGAUGUAUUUCGCCUACCUUCAAACUCUGCCUCUUUGCUUGACAUCAUGGGAAAAUCAAAAGAAUCAGCCAAGACCUCAGGGAAAAAAAAAAAACUGUGGACCUCCACAAGUCUGGUUCAUCCUUGGGAGCAAUUUCCAAAUGCCUGAAGGUACCAUGUUCAUCUGUACAAACAAUAGUACGCAAGUAUAAACGCCAUUGGACCGCUCAGGAAGGAGACACAUUCUGUCUCCUAGAGAUGAAUGUAGUUCAGUGCGAAAAGUGCAAAUCAAUCCCAGAACAACAGCAAAGGACCUUGUGCAGAUGCUGGAGGAAACAGGUAGACAAGUAUCUAUAUCCACAGUAAAACAAUUCCUAUAUCGACAUAACCUGAAAGGCUGCUCAGCAAGGAAGAAGUCACUGCUCCAAAACCACCAUAAAAAAGCCAGACUACAGUUUGCAAGUUGCCAACGCAUCUGAGACUGUCAAUCCGUGCAUCUUAUCACAUGGCUUGUUGAGCACAUUACUGAAGAGAUGUAGCGCAUGUGGAGGCUUCACACUAUUCUCCGCAGCAUCCAUGCACAACUCACCACAUGCCCCACCAAGAGCGAGAAUCACACAUUAUAAUGACCAUGAGGAGGUUACCCCAUGUACCCUCCCUAGCAACCAGGCCAAUUUGGUUGCUUAGGAGACCUGGCUGGAGUCACUCAGCUCAACCUGGAUUUGAAAUUAUGACUCCAGGUGUGGUAGUCAGCGUCUUUGCUUGCUGAGCUACCCAGGCAUUUCACAUUCUUAAAAUGAAGUAGUGAUCCUAACUGACCUAAGACAGUGAAUUUUUUCUACAAUUAAAUGUUAGGAAUUGUUAAAAACUGAGUUUAAAUGUAUUUGGCUAAGGUGUAUGUAAACUUCUUACUUCAACUGUAUGUAUAUACAUUGUAUUAUUGUGUGUGUAUAUAUAUAUAUAUAUAUAUAUAUAUAUAUAUAUAUAUAUAUAUGUGUAAAAAAAAAAUAUAUAUAUAUAUAUAUAUAAAGUGCAAAAGGCAUUGUCUGGGUGCUGUAAGUUAGUGCAAAUACUUGAUAAAGUAGUUCUGCCUUUUUUAAAGAAACUGACCAUUUGAAUGCUUUAGUACUUUUUUUUUAUUUUUCUUUUUUUUAUGCUGUUUGUUGCUUUUUGGUGUCCACAAAGUGUGAUUUAGCACUUUGUAUUGGACUGGAAUAUGGCUCUAGAUCUUGUUUUUGUUCACAGGCCUUUUCCCACACAUUCCAUUUAAAAUAUUCUUUAUAUUUUAUCAGAUAUUUUUUACACUAAAAGUAAUACAUACUGUAGAUUAGGUAUAAGAGGAUUGUAUAGAAAUAGUAAUAUAUUCUUUAUAGCUAAAUUUAUCUUGCCCUUAUGGUAGGAUGUUGGAGAUGCUGUUGAUGAGACAGCUUUUAUAUCACAGACUGGAUGUACUGACAACAUAAUUUUUUUUUUUUUUUUUUAAAUAAAGAAUUGAGAUA